AUGUCUUUUGUUCGGCGGUUCUCCAGCCUGAGGCCUUCCUUGAGAUUCGACAGAAUGGUCACGGUGAAGGGACCCAAGGGGAAAAUUGACCUUGCGCUGCCAGAGUUUGUCCAGGUGCAGAGCUCUGGCGGCAGGGCGGCCGUUACGGUGAAAAAGCCAGAAGACAAACUCCAGAGACAGCUCUGGGGAACCAUGCGCGCUCUGCUCAACAACGGCGUCGUUGGUGUCACCGAGGGACACACCUCUACACUCAAGCUCCAGGGCACUGGUUAUCGUGCCAUGCUCGAGGACGUGGACGGCGUCAAGUGGGUCAAGAUGAAGAUCGGGAAGUGCGACCUGCAGGGACUUCCGAUUCCUGACGGCAUCACGGUCACGGCUCCCACGCAGACCCUGCUGAUUCUGGAAGGCUGUGACAAGCAGCAGCUGAAUCUUUUCGCUGCCAGUCUACGAAACAUGCACCCUCCAGAGAGAUACAAGGGCAAGGGAGUGUAUCUGAACGGCGAGACCAUCAAGCUGAAGGACAAGAAGGUCAAAUAG